AUGGAACAAGACCUUCGAGAUGCUUACGCGGCACUAAAGCUACUACGUGCUGAUCUGGUGAAGACGCGUCGUGACAAGCAGGUUCUUGAAGCUUCUCUUAGGCAUGUACAGACGCACGGACUGCCACCAAGUGCUGCACACAUUCGUGAGAGUCGUGAGACGCAAUUGAUGCAACAGGAAGAUGCAAAUUCCCAAUUAUGGCGAUUGGCAAUUAAAUUUAACAAUAAAUUAUUGAAAAUGGAGAAAAUGAAAAUGGACAAUAAUUGUCAAAAAAAGGACAAUUUACACGACAUUGGAGAUAAACAGCACAAAAAUGAAGACCAAAUGGAGACACAGACACUUUAUAAGAAGCUUCAGAGCUUGACAAUCACUGUAGAAGAGCAGACAGAGACCAUAUCGACCCAACGAGCAGCUUUUUUGCUGCAGAAAAAAGAGCUAAAGACGAUGUUAAAGGAGAUGCAACAAAUGUUGCACAAGGAGAAGAAUAAAGUGCUGGAUGCAGUGUUAGAACAACAACAAAUCAAGGAAAAAUACGAGCUCCUAGAAACUCAAGUGGAUAUGUUAAAAGAGGAAAAAUCAUACUUGGAAAAAGAGAUGAAGGAGAUGGAGAUACAAUUGGAGACUCAGGCACGGACAAGCAGUACUUUGACACAACAAUUGAAGGAGAAAGAGGAGGACAUAUUGAAGUGGAAGCGUGAAGAAAUGUUACAGUUUGAUGAAAAGAGAAAUGAGUUGAUGGAAGAAGUAAAUGUUCGAUUGAGACGGGAGAAGGAAGUAAGGGAGAAGGAAUUGUACGAUACCUAUGAGCAAAAGAUGCUCGAAUUGCAAGGGGAGAAUGAACUUUUAAAGGUGGAAUUGAAUUGUGAGAAGGAGAAGAAGUUUCGAGAUGAAGAUGAGAUACGAGAACGACACGAGAGAGCGUUGAAUGAGCUGGAGCGAAACUGUGCCGAGCUGAAGGCACAUAUUGCAGACAUGGAGUCCGAGCGAACUGCUGAUGUGAAGAAGUACGAAGAAGCAUUGAAAGAGGCCGAGGAGCAGCACGCAACGACGGUGAAGAGCCUGGAAGUGAAGUUGGUGGAAGUGCAGAAACAACUUGCAGCAUCGAAGGCAAACCGAUCAACAGAGAGACAGGAGUACGAGGAAAAUCUUGCUGAAGUUUUGAAAAAGCUGCAGGAUCAGCGAGAGGAUCGAGACCAACAUGUGUCGACGAUACGUAGGUUGCAAAGUGACUUGGAAGUAGCGCAAACACAAUUGGAGAUGUCUAAAGCGGAAUUGGCUAAGGAAGUAAAGAACAACCAGGAAAGGCUUAAUGGUAUGCUGCAACAAUUGCGUGAUCAGCAACAUAAUGAAGAGCGAAAUGCGAUGAUUGUGCGCGACCUAGAAAGCAAGUUGUCAGAAGCUCAGUUGCAGUUUGGCGACAAAGAGACUAAUCUUCUCGCACGACUGAACGAGUACGAGAAAAAGCUGAUUAAAACAUCACAAAUUGCUGCACAGCAUGAGGAUACUACUCGAAUGUUGGCUUUGAAGAACAAGACGCUUCAGCAGGAAAUUUGUGAAGCUCGGCACACGUUGAAGCUCAUGACUGAAGAAUUACAGUCUCUCCAAUCGGUGUGCGAGGAGAAAACUCAGGAGCAUAUGCGGUGUAUGAACCAGAUUCAAGUGCAAUGUGAGUCUCUUGAGACCCAGCUCUUAUCAGCUGAAGAUCAGAGGGAACCGUCUUAUGCGACGAAGUCUGUCCAUGAUUCGUCUACGCUGGACGCAUUCCAUGGUCGUACAGAUGACGAAAUCACUGGCAUGUCUCCAUGGAGGUCUUGGGACUUGUUGCGUUCUGGGAUCAAGGAGAUAGAUGGUUUCUUGCCGCAACUUCAGACGUUAUUGGGUGCGAUGAACGAUGCGCUCAUAUUGUGCGAUACUCACGCAGAUGCACUUCCUGUAUUGUGUGAGCGUCUUGAACGUGAAGCGGCGAGCGAGAAAGAGCAGCUACCAAUUUUGACUACCGCGUUGCGCUUGCUGCGUUUUGCGGGAAUGUUGAAGGCUCGAACGCAAGAAGAAGAAGAAGUCAGUGUAACUGCAGACUUUGUGCAGUCGUUUCGUAAACGCGUGCUGAAUGCUCUUGCACAGUGGUAUGAGUGUGACGCUGGCGACAACGACCAAGGCGAGAUAAAGCCAAUGCCGACGCCAACGUUUACUACUACAUCGCGUGAAACUGCGCUUAUCCUGCAAAAUUGGACUGACGACCGAACAAAACAGCUUGGAGUGAGAAGAUGGCUAGCACGGAUGGAAGCUUACCCAGGCGUCCCUCCACUGCGAGGGGCAUCAUCCAACAGAGUGCUCGAGCUCCCGCCUGAAGGAUGCACACUGGAGCUAGACGACAUGACAUCGGAGGUAAAGGAUGCUUUUCUGCUCCUUGUGAUUCCUAUCCUCAAGCAAAAUCGAGCGCUACACGUGCGCGUCUUCAUUCGGUACGUAUGUAACAAGGAAGCGAUGCUGAAGCAGCAAGAGGGCGAUGAAGAAGUUGGUAUCGAGAAAGUAUGGAGUAUGCGGAUCCACGCACAAAGCACAGUCACCCGACCCCGCCCUUCCUCUCUCAAGUUGUCGCCGAGUUCUCGCGGUUCACCGAGUCCUUUAGCGCCUACAUCUCCUGCCUCGUCAGUGUCGUCACUUUCUAGCACUGCAAGUUCACGACUGCAGAUUAUCCAAGAAAGGUUGCAAUACCUACACCACAACGUUUAA